AUGGCCUCCUUCUUCGGCGACGACGGCGCCGACGACCUCCCGCGCACCACUUCCCACCCCUUCGACUCCGACGACUUCGGCGCCGCCGCGGCCGACGGCGACGGCGCCGGCGGGUACGGCGGGUACGCCUCCUUCGCCGAGGGGGGCGUCGAGGAGGUGGACGAGGAGAUCACCGUCGAGUCAGACGGGGUCCCGAUCCGCCACGUCUCUGGGGGUUACUCGCCCUCGCCGUUCUCCCCCGAGCUCGAGCCCAACGGCGGCGACGGCCCGAUCCUGCCGCCGCCCACCGAGAUGCGGGACGAGGGCAUCCUCCUCCGCGAGUGGCGGAGUGAAGCCACCAUUGAGAAGCGGGGAAAGAAAGACAAGGACAAGAAGCCAUCCAUCACUGUUAUUCAGGGCCCCAAGCCUGGCAAGCCCACCGACCUCUCCCGGAUGCGCCAUAUCUUAGUGAAGCUGAAGCAUGCUCCACCGCCACAUAUGUUGCAACCUCCACCAGCACCUGCUGCUAAAGAGGGCGCAAAGGAUGGCGCCAAAGAAGGUGCAAAGGAUGGUGCCAAAGAAGGCGCGGCAGCCCCAGCAAACGGCACCAAGCAGCCUGCAGAAAGCCAAGAAACCCUCGCCAAUGGCCCCUCCGAGGCCGAGAAAGAGCAGCCUGCAGCGUCGGAGUGA